UGCAGUUUGCUAUUCUCUCAACUGAUCCUCAAAGCAAAUAUAGCAUUUGAUUUAUUUUUAUAAUUAUUAUUUUUGUAUUAUUAUGGGAAACGGGCUAGAAUCUCUCCUCAUGAAGUGUUGCAAGUCUACAAAUCAAAUCCUCCGUUCAUUGUCAGUUCACAGUGACGUUUGCGACCGAGAGCUGAGGCCAGAGGAACUGGACGAGUUGCGGGAUGCUUUCAAAGAGUUCGAUAAGGACAAAGAUGGCUUCAUCAGCUGUAAAGACCUCGGGAACUGCAUGAGGACCAUGGGAUACAUGCCCACCGAGAUGGAGCUCAUCGAACUGAGCCAGCAAAUCAACAUGAAUCUGGGUGGACAUGUGGAUUUUGAAGAUUUUGUGGAGUUAAUGGGACCCAAACUUCUGGCUGAGACCGCUGAUAUGAUCGGUAUAAAGGAGUUGAAGGAGGCCUUCAGAGAGUUUGACACCAACGGGGACGGGGCAAUAAGCCUCUCUGAACUGAGAGAGGCAAUGAAGAAGCUGCUAGGUCAACAGCAGGUGUGUCCUAAAGACUUGGAAGACAUACUCAGAGAUGUGGACCUGAAUGGAGAUGGGCUGGUUGACUUCGAAGAGUUCGUCCGGAUGAUGUCUCGAUAGGACAGACUGAUUGAUCACAUUCUGUCCAGUCCCCUUUGCCCCAUUUUCCGCCCCGCCCC